AUGGUGGCACGUGAAACUACACCGAGUGCGGUCGGCCGUGAGAGCACCGCACUGAAUGUCGGUAAUGACAUUGUUGGCGAUACGCCGUAUAGUGUGGGCGGCCGUGAGGGCACCACACCUAAUGUCAGUAAUGACAUUGUUGGCGAUACGCUGUAUAGUGUGGACGGCCGUGAGGGCACCACGCUUAACGCCGGUAAUGGCGUUGUUGGCGAUUCGCCAUAUGGUGUGGGCGGCCGUGAGGGCACCACACCUAAUGUCGGUCAAGACAAAAGCUCUCGUAUAGAGCAUACUAUGGUUGGUAGUAACCAUGGGGACAAUAUUGUCCCGACCCCUAAGGGGAGUAAGGUCUCGAAGAGACAAUCGAGACGCCGAGUAGCAGCUGUAAAGCGCCAGGCGUCCUCACAGUCACAUAGUGAGAUUAUCAAUACACUGUAUACACUUGUUAAUGGAGUGACUGGUCGGGUUGAUGGCAGUGUUUGCCUUGAAACCCUUCCAUCCGUGGACGCUCUUUGUGAGCUAGACGAAAUGUCUGAUGGCGAGUUUAGCCAGGCCUUGAAGGCAGGAGAGUUAUCCGAGUUAGCGGUCAUUAGACCUGAUACUGAGUUGAACUCUUCCUCGUUAAUGGAUGAGUCUGUCCUAGAGGAUACAAAGGCGGCACUUAGUGCACGAAGUGGAUCUUCGAUCCUAAAGAUCCGUCGGAUCCGUUCUAUCCUUUAG